CAGCCCGCCGCCGUAGUAAAGAGCUCGGCUCCGUCUCCGAGAGCUGUCAACACUCGCCCCGGCUACCUUCCUCCGCCCCGGCUGGCGCCCCGCUCUGCUGCCGUGGGAACAUUCCCCGAAUAAACCCGGAGCGCUUCACGCUUCAGCGACGCUUUCCUUCAGAUAACAGAGGCUCCCCGCUCACUAUGACACGGAGGUGAUCUUCAGAGUUUCCAGGUGGUUCUGGGGUUCCAGGUUGGUGUUGUGAGAGAGCAAGCUACCUGUGGGGAGGUGGACCGCCUGGGGCGUCGUGUCCCUUGUUCUCAAGUGACUAGGAAGGGGCUUGACUAACUGUUCUGCAACAUGGAGAAGGGUGAGCUGAAAAUACUCAACAAGGGCGAAGAGGAGGAGAUGGAGCUGCAAGGCUACCGUCUCUGCCGCUGGCGGCUGGCCCUUGUAGGCUUCGGGGUACUUUGUACUGGGGGCUUCCUUCUCCUGCUGCUCUACUGGAUGCCAGAAUGGUGCGUCAAGUCCACCUGCACCCGUACCACGGCCCGCGAUGCUGAAGUGGUGUUGCUGCGCUCCACGGACGAGUUCCGGCGCUGGUUCCUGGCCAGGGUACGAGUGAUGCUUGCUCCGGGGAGCAACCCCUUCCACAGCCUGGAGACCCAGACCACCUCCCCUCCCUCCUCCCCGUCCUCCCCGUCCUCCCUGUCCCGCCCCUUCUCCAGCCCCUCCUCUCCACCUCUGGCCAACGGAUACACUCCUCACCCCUCCGAUGGCAGCCCAGCUCAGGAGCUCAGUAGAAGAUUUUCCGACUACCAGCCCACACAGAUUCGCUAUUUUACCUUCCACAGCACAAAGUAUUACUGGAGCGACGAGAUGCAGAACUUUAAUGUUUUAACCGGCCUGGAGGAUCUGGAGGUCAAUUGUUCUACGAUCCACUCGGAGCACAGCGCCGGCCUGACCAGGAACCAGCAGGAGUACAGGAGAUUGUUUUUCGGAGUGAAUGAAAUCGCAGUGAAAGUGCCUUCUGUUUUCAAGCUGCUUAUCAAAGAGGUUCUCAACCCUUUCUACAUCUUCCAGCUCUUCAGCGUAAUCCUGUGGAGUGUCGAUGAGUAUUACUACUAUGCUGCGGCCAUUGUUUUCAUGUCGGUUAUAUCCAUAGCUACCUCUCUGUACACCAUCAAAAAGCAAUACAUCAUGCUUCAUGAUAUGGUGGCAGCUCACAGUAUUGUCCGUGUGUCUGUUUGCCGAGCCAAUAACGAAGUUGAGGAGAUACUGUCGACUGAUCUGGUACCUGGUGAUGUGGUGGUUAUUCCAAGCAACGGGACCAUCAUGCCUUGCGACGCAGUGCUGGUCAGUGGCACCUGCAUCGUCAAUGAAAGCAUGCUCACAGGCGAGAGUGUUCCCGUGACGAAGACCAACCUCCCCAACCCACCACCAGGCGAGCGGGAGGGGGCGGACAGUGCCUACAACACCGAGGAGCAUAAGAGACACACACUGUUCUGCGGCACCAACGUCAUCCAAACCCGCUUCUACACAGGAGAGCUGGUCAAAGCCGUGGUGGUCCGCACAGGUUUCAGCACAGCCAAAGGCCAACUGGUGCGCUCCAUCCUUUAUCCCAAACCCACCGACUUCAAGCUGUAUCGCGACGCCUACCUCUUUCUGCUGUGUCUGGUGGCUGUGGCUGGAAUCGGCUUUGUUUACUCCAUCGUCCUCAGUAUCAUGAACGAGGUGCCAGCGAAAACCAUCAUCAUCGAGUCUCUGGACAUUAUAACCAUUACGGUACCACCAGCACUGCCAGCAGCCAUGACAGCUGGGAUUGUGUACGCCCAGCGGCGUCUCAAAAAGAUCGGCAUUUUCUGCAUCAGUCCGCAGAGGAUCAACAUCUGUGGCCAAAUUAACCUGGUCUGCUUUGAUAAAACGGGAACUUUAACAGAGGAUGGAUUGGACCUCUGGGGAGUUCAGAGAGUUGAAAGUGGCUGUUUUCACCUUUCUGAGGAAACCGCCCAAAAGGAGAAUCUGGUCAAAUCCCAGUUUGUGGCCUGCAUGGCCACCUGCCACUCGCUCACCAAAAUAGAAGGCCAGCUGUCUGGAGACCCGCUGGACCUCAAGAUGUUUGAGGCUACAGGCUGGAUCCUGGAGGAAGCCACUGAGGAGGAAACCGCUCUCCAUAACCGCAUCAUGCCCACCGUCGUCCGACCGCCGAAGCAGCUGCUGCCCUCGCAGCCUGACGGGUCAGCCGAACAGGACAUGGAACUCGCUGAACUUUCGUCGUUAUAUGAAAUAGGUAUCGUGCGUCAGUUUCCCUUUUCCUCGGGGCUCCAGAGGAUGAGCGUUGUGUCUCGUACUCUGGGGGAGAAGUGCAUGGAUGCCUUCAUGAAGGGAGCGCCAGAGGUUGUGGCCAGCCUCUGCAAGAAGGAAACAGUGCCAGAAGACUUUGCCGAGGUUUUGGAGGGUUACACUAAGCAGGGUUUCCGAGUGAUCGCUCUGGCUCACCGACGCCUGGGAUCAAAACUCAACUGGCACAAAGUCCAAAACAUCAACAGGGAUUACAUUGAGGCAAACAUGGAGUUCCUGGGUCUCAUCAUCAUGCAGAACAAGCUGAAGGCUGAAACUCCUGGAGUGUUGCUGGACCUCCAUCGAGCAAACAUUCGCACCAUCAUGGUUACUGGCGACAACAUGUUGACGGCAAUCUCUGUGGCCCGUGACUGUGGAAUGAUCCCUCCGGAGGACACUGUCAUUAUCGCUGAUGCCCUUCCUCCUCAUGAUGGACAAGCUGCUAAAAUCACCUGGAGAUACGCUGACAAGCCCAGCAGAACCACGCGACUCGAGGAAAUCAACAUAAGCCUGGAGAAUGAAGUUCAUCUGGAGGAGCCUAAAACACAAGAACUGUACCACUUUGCCAUGAAUGGAAAAUCAUUCGCUAUAAUCGCCGAGCAUUUCCCAGACAUGCUUCAAAAGCUCGUGCUGCACGGGACCGUGUUUGCCAGAAUGGCGCCUGACCAGAAGACCCAGCUCAUUGAGACGCUGCAGGGAGUAGACUACUUUGUGGGAAUGUGUGGAGAUGGUGCAAAUGACUGCGGGGCGCUGAAGAGGGCUCAUGGUGGGAUCUCCCUGUCAGAGCUUGAAGCCUCAGUAGCUUCGCCCUUCACCUCCAAGACCCCCAACAUCUCCUGCGUGCCGAGUCUCAUCAGGGAGGGACGUGCUGCUCUCAUCACCUCCUUCUGUGUCUUCAAGUUUAUGGCCCUCUACAGCAUUAUCCAGUACAUCAGCGUCACGCUCCUCUAUUCAGUCUCCAGUAACCUUGGAGAUUUCCAGUUCCUCUUCAUUGACAUUGCUAUCAUCCUCCUCAUCGUCUUCACCAUGAGUCUGAACCCAGCCUGGAAAGAACUGGUGUCCCGUCGUCCCCCGUCAGGACUUAUCUCAGGACCGCUGCUGUUCUCUGUGCUCACCCAAAUCCUCAUCUGCUUGGGCUUCCAGACAUUUACGUUUCUUUGGGUCAAAAAGCAGCCCUGGUACGAGAAGUGGAACCCUCUUACCGACGUCUGCAACCACUCCGAUCCCCUGAACGUUUCCGACCUCAACAACACAGAAGUGGAUGAGCACAACAUCCAGAACUUUGAGAACACCAGUCUCUUCUAUGUCUCCUCCUUCCAGUAUCUCAUUGUUGCCAUCGUUUUCUCCAAAGGCAAACCUUUCAGGCAGCCUAGCUACAAGAACUGGCCCUUUGUGCUGUCUGCUGUGGGAUUGUAUUUCUUCCUGCUCUUCAUCAUGUUUCAUCCUGUUGAAGGCAUCGACGGGUUUCUAGAGAUUGUUUGUGUCCCUUUUGAAUGGAGGCUGCAGCUUUUCCUGGUAAUCUUAGUCAAUGCUGCUGUGUCUGUUUUGGUGGAGACCUUCAUCCUUGACAUCGUCUUAUGGAAGCUUGCGUUCAGCAGAGACAAACAGGCCAACUAUGGCGUCACCCCUGCCGCCCCGACACCACAGGGGCUGAUUGACCUGCAGGGGUACAAGUGUCUGUCCUGGCUGUGCCCACGCAAGACGGCGCCCAAAGCUCGAUACAUGCAUCUUGCCCAAGAGCUAAGUCUGGACCCAGACUGGCCCCCAAAACCGACCACCACCACUGAAGCCAAGCCCCGCCCUGAAAACGGCUCCGUUUAUGACAUCAUCAUCAUCAAUUCCUAGCACCCCCACGCUCACCAACACUACGGGAUCCCUGGCUCUCCUACGGGAGACAUGCAUAUGAGGAGUACUAAGGGAAAUGCACAUUCACCUUAUCUGGACAGCUUUCACUCUUCAGGCAAAAACUCCAUAAUUUCACACAAAUACCAAAACGAUCACCUUCAUAACUUUCAGAGCACUCCUGUUUUCUCCAUCACACUCUGUACCGAUGCUCUCAGGUCUCAUUUUUCUUUUGCUUUUCUGUAAAAAAAAACAUUGUUGCUGUUGAACUUGAAUGUCAUUAUUUAUGUGGUGUCUGUUUUUAGCAAAUCAGAGUAGCGUUCAUCAGACUUGCAGUCAGAGGAAAAGUUGUGCGUUGACCCUUUCUGGUGUAGGUUCAUCACUCUCUCAACCUAUCUGUGAGGGCAAACCAUAUGGAGGUACACUUCAGAGAUGUGUGUCGUAUAUAGACCGUGUUAUUUUUCAUAAGAUUUAUUUUUUUUCUCCAUCAGAUUUUAUUACACACCACAAUAAUUGAUAUGAGAUUGACAGAUAAUGUGAAAGUCCUUAAAAAGUACAAAUACACACUUAGUGAAGCUGUGCAGCGUAGGAUUGAUACCUAUUUUACCCAAGGAACGAGGCUUUUAAUUUUACCCUUUUCUAAAAAAAAAAAAAAUAACUAAAAUGAACAAAAAAGGUUGUAGAUGGGAAAACAUUUAAAGGGAGAAGAGAAUGCGAAAGUGAAUGCACUUUAGAAAAAAGGUUAAUGGAUGAAAAUAUAGAUGGAUUGACUUGAUAUAAAAUUGUCCAUUCCCUUUUUAAAAGAUGAUUAUUAUAGACUCUGAUAACUGCUGUGUUGUGAAACAACCGUUAUAUAAACGUAGCCGAAAUUUCUGUUUUGUUCAACGUUUCAUUGUUGCGAUGAACUGCCUGUUAACUUUUCCUUUAAAUAGCUCCACGUGUGAAAAGAUGAAGUAUUUGUGGGUUGCGCAGCAGGGUUGAUUAUGCGCAUUAUGCCCGUGGGGAAGUUGUGAGAACCAGCUUUUAACGGACGAAGUGAGAUUGUGGCUGUGCGGGAUUCCUUGAGGCCCUUCAGGACCGUUUGAAUCCAUUAAAUUGUAAAUAUGUCUUGUUUCUCUAAACUUCAAGAACAUAAUCCAAUAAGUGAGAGCAAGUAAGAGUCAAUGGCCGGUGGAGCAGUUUGACAUGCGAGGAGAGGAUCUGGCAAAUGCAUUGGGCUCAACCCACAAAUAGAUUUUCCUAGAAAUUUAUAAAUAAACAGACUUUCCAACAGUAAUAGAUUUAGUGUUUAGAAAUUGUCAAAACAAAGAAGUAAUCAAAUGCACAUUUUCUCUCUCUUUCACAAUUACAACUUCCACACUGAACAGUGUUGAUGAUAGUGCGCCACCGUUUGGCUCUUAAACACGAUGCGUUUACUCAUUAGAAAACAAUCAAACUAGACGGUUUGAGCCAAAUGAGCUUAAUAUUGGCUGAUAUGGUCACCUGCCAACUUCUCUGCAUCUCAAAAUAUAUGUAUGUUUGUAAAUACAUACUGACUAAUUUGUGCAUUAGCUUAGGGAUAUGGUAAGUCCUCACUGAAAUGGGGUUAAAAAAAAUCCAAGUAUAACAAUAAGGAUGAUUGAUUUGCAUUAAAUUACUCCUAGAGAAACAUUUAGGCAGCUGUUUGGGAGGGGGGGGGGGGUGUUCUGGUCCCUGCAUAGUUUAGUUGCAUUACCACAUUUGAGGUUAAGUAUAAAACUAGAUGUUCUGUCUUUAAAAGGCAUACAGAUUCGAAAGGGAAAAGAUGGAAUGUUUUAAAAUGGCACAACUUGUUUUUUUUUGGGGGGGGGGUUCUUAGCUGAUGAAGCUAAUUUAUGCAUUGUACAUUUGCUCUCACGUGCCUCUCAUAUUGUGUGGGCACAAAGUUUAUGUAAACCCCCAGAAGAACAGAAAAUGGCUCUGACUUGGUUAAAGCUAAGGGCAUUUUGUCUAAUAGUUGCAGAAUAAUGCCAGGGUUGACUUCAGGUGGCAUUUCUCUUCCAUUUCGCUAACAACUGUGACGUAUGGAGCAGUUUCAUUAACAGUUUGAGAUGUUUCGGCUCAGUCUUGUCUUGUGGCAUGAUAUCCGCUGUUAUGGUCAAAUUUUAGUCGUAGCGUUUUGUCUUUGAGGAAUGGAAAAAAAUGGGCGGGAGAGACGAUUUCAUCCAUUCUUUGACCAUAUGGGCCUCGUUUUCAUCGCUCUGCAAUAUGGAAUAAUUGAUAAAGAAACGUCAAAUUUAGCUCAGUUAAAGCUUCCCAGCAGUUUUCUAUAGGUUUUAGAUGCACCUUAAAUCCGAUCGCUGAAUCCAUAUCAACUUUGACAGUGCUGGCAUUUAUCAUGUCAUUUCUAACACAUUUAAUGCUAUUUUUUUGCUUAACUAUUUUAAAAAAAAAAGAACAUUGCUCUGUGUGCUUUGAAUUCUGACUGAAGAGUUUACCCUUUAACUAAACCUUACAAAGCAUGCUUGCUUCAACAUUUCCUUUGUUAGUAAAACUCUUUUCUAGUGUGUAAAGAGCUUUUUGUAGACUGAACUGGUGCUCGCUUGUCUGUGAAACACUGAAAGCCAGCAGCAGACAGAGACUUGCAUGAAGCCAGCCUGCCCAUGGUUCACCUGACCGUGGCGAUGCUAGACAUUUAACUUCCGGCAUGUGGCGUUACUGUAGGACUCAAACAUUUAACAUAGUUGUAUAAUAGGUAAAGGGUGAUUAAAAUAGUUGCGUAGCGGCAUGUGUCUGGUUGGUUACUGUAAAGCGUUAACCAAAUGCAUGAGACCAGAUGACUUAAAGCUUCCUGCAUCUUCAGAUAGUUUCCUGGAGUCAGAAGUACGGCUUUUUUUAAAGCAAACUUUCUUCCCGUGGAAGAUUGAUUAGAUAAAACUGGUGAAUGGGGGGGGGAUUUUGCAUCUCGUCUGUGUGCCGCGUCUGGCUUUUCCCUUUUUUCUCUCGUAACAAAUAUUUAUGAGUGAGUGAUCCUGAUUAAAUAGCUGUAUUCACAUCCUUCACAUAUCCUGCCUGUGUAGCGUUAAGGGCUAUAUUUUGGGUUCAGCGCUCUUCAUUUAACAUGAAAAAUAAGUAAGCCAGUAGAGGAGCUUAAAUGUGACCAUCAUUUUGUGAUUGGAUAAUAUAUUUCUAUUUUCUCGGGAAAAUGUUGGAUUGAAAUAAAGUGGAUUUGAUGCCACCUUGAGUUAUAUAAAUAAGCAGAUUACUCUUAAUCCAAGACCUUUUUUUUUUUGUUUAAUUUAAAUAUAGAUUAUAUGACAUAACAUUUCUAAAAGAGUGAUACGUGAUUUUGAAAAUUCUUUAUUUUUCUAAGAUUGAAUGUAAUGCAAUGCAAACCCGCAAAUUACUGAUUUCUGAUUCCCAAAGACAUUUUUUCCCCCACAUUUGUUCUGGUUGUUUAAAUAAAAUAAAGAGCGUGAGAGAAGAAAAGUGGGAUUUUUUUUUUUUUUAAGCCAGGAGUUGAGUGACAUUUGGUAGAGCGCAUCAAGUGGACAUUAAGUAGUUGAAAAUAAUAUUUGUGUUUUGAGUUUUAUCUGUAUAUAUGGGUGUGUACAUUUCUUGUUAGCAGAAGAGUUUAAAGGUUUAAUUAUAAGAUGUAUUUUGAAUUAUAAAAGGGCUGAUGUAUUUUUUUUUUUUUUUUUUUUUUUUUUUUUGCUUUUUUUCUACUUUUUGGUACUGUCACAAUCAGCUGUCAAAUUUUUUCUUUUCUUUUUUUUCUCUUUUCUCCCUGGACUGUUUUGUGCUCUAGGUUAUGUAACGUACCAUGAUUGUCUUUGUUCUCUAUUUGGGCAUCAAUCCUGGGCAUUUCCUUCAGUCUGGUGAGAACAUUGGAUAAACGAAUUGCAGCCCAUGUCUGUUUUGGGGUUUAGAUUUAAUCAAUCAAACCUGAAUCAUUUACUCCAGCAGGCUCCAGAAGUUGGGACUUCUUUUUGGUGUUUUCCUUUUCUUUAUCAAAGUUUUCUAAUUGAUAAAACAAAUCUGACAAGAAGGGAAUUUGGUGUUGAACGCAGCCUGUGUCACAUUUCUAGUUUGUCUGGUCACAUCAGUUUGCAUCCAUGUAAAAAAUGUAGCUGGCAAACAAAAUGUGCAUUGCUCUUUUAUCAUGAUCUCAUUACUACAGAAAAAAAACUGCUGCUAGGAGCAAAACGAUUCACUGAGCUGUGUCAUAUCUGCACCUUUUUAUUCAGAAAAAUUGUAAAUGCUACUGUUGUCUUUAGUUUUUCCCUCCAAUCCAACAAACCUUCAACAGGGAUAUUUAAAUAUCUUUACCGGCUGUUGUUUUCAGACUGGGCUCACAUUUACAUUAUGUCUAAAUGUUACUCGUGGCAUUCACAUUGGGUCUGCCAGUGGAUGAAUGAUUUAUGUUAAAUAAAUAACUACACUUGGGUUUAAUGCUUAAUUCAGAAAAAGGCUGUUAAUUGCAUCUUUUUAAUCAGUCUGCCUGCAACCUAGCUCUGACUUUCUUUAACGUGCUCAAUAUUUUCAGCUUUCUUACCUCACCAAGAGGGUCACCUGGGCUGUAUGUAUGUUUUGUUUUUUGUUUUUUUAUUGAUAAAGAUAAUAUUUUGACAAUUUUUGUAUUUUAUAAUUUAUUUGUAUUUAUUUUUGAUUUUUGUUUCUCUCUGAAGAUUGUUAUGGCUUUAUGUUGAAUUGCUUUUCUUUUCAAUAAAUGUUCUUUAAGCAA